CUUCUCUACUGUUCCCCUUCCUUCAAUCUUCUUCUUCUUCCUCUUUCAUCAUCUUCUCCCUCUUUAAAGAUUCCAUCUUCUCUUUCUAUAAAAAUCGCUUCAGACAGAUCUCUUCUCAGGUUGUUACAGCUCACACUCGACAGGGUUUUGUCAUGACAAGAAGAGUUUGAGUUUUUUCUUUUUCUUUUUUAAAAGAUCGAUUUUCUUAACAUUAAAAAGAAAAUGGGUUCGUUAGGAGAUGAGCUUAGUCUAGGAUCAAGAAGACACAGUUCGAUGCCGACAAAAGCUUGGAAGAUCAUGAAUGUUAAAAAGCUUGAAGAAGAGAAGAAGAAGAUCCAAGGCAGUGAUCUUCAGCUUCCUCUCUGUUUACAGAUCCUAAAUGAUGCGAUUUCGUAUUUGAAGGAAGAAGAGAACAAGAGAUGUUCAGAGAUGGAUACUCAACCAUUGUUGAAAGAUUUCAUGUCUGGAGAUGGUUCAUUGCUGAAAAGAGAGGAGCUUAUAGAGGAGAAUAAGUUUCAGCUAUGGAGAGAAGGAAAUGAUCACAUCCCAAACGGAAGAUUCUCAGACACGAACAACAAACUAGAUAUUGAGGCUCCAGAGGUAGAAACCGGUUUAGGUCUCGGUUUAGCUUCUAGUUCGAUGGUUAACGGAGGAAGAAGAAAAGGGAAUGCCUCUUGUGGAUUUACAUCUAACUCUGUGCCACAGCCACCAGCAUUUCUUCAGCAGCAAGCGUUGUUGCGGAAGCAAAGAAGGUGUUGGACUCCUGAGUUGCAUCGCCGUUUCGUUGAUGCAUUGCAACAACUCGGUGGUCCUGGAGUUGCAACUCCUAAGCAAAUCAGAGAGCAUAUGCAAGAAGAAGGCUUAACAAAUGAUGAAGUGAAGAGUCAUUUACAGAAGUACCGGUUACAUAUCAGGAAGCAUGAUUCGAAUCCGGAGAAACAAUCAGUAGUUGUUUUAGGGAUUAACUUGUGGAACUCAUCACAAGGGGAAGAAGAAACUGGUGAAGGAGCAAAGAGAAGCAACUCGCAGCAGUCGGGUUCUCCUCAGGGUCCAUUGAACUUACCUUCUACAACGACUACUACAACAUUUGGAGAUAGUAGCAUGGAAGAUGCUGAAGAUGCUAAAUCCGAGAGCUUUCAGAUUUGGAGAGAUUGAAAUCUCCAUAGACCUCAAAAACAUUUUUCAAUUACUUCGUUUUUCUUAUACUGGAUUCACUACUAUGCUAGUAGUAGUAAAUGAGAACAAUAAUGAUAGAAAGGAUAUAUAGGUUUAUUAUAUAUAUAGAAAGUGAGAGAGCAAAAGAGUGAGGAUUUUUGUGUACGGCAUUUUUGGUUGGGUUUUAAUUGAGGUAUUACUCUAGUAGUAAUCUUAAUAUUUGAAAAUAUGCUUUGAAUUUUAUUGAUUUCUUUUAUAUAUGGUUUAAAAUUAUAUACAAAUUUAGCGUU